GGGCAGCACGCAUUCAAGCGAAACAUGUUGAAGAACAAUAAAACGGAAGCAAAGUCCAGGAAAUAUGGAGGACCCGGAGUUAUCUUUCACUUUGGCUUAUACCGUGUUUGCUGUUUGUCUUAUCUUUACACCGAACGAAUUCCGCGCAGCAGGUUUAACAAUCCAAAAUGCGUUUUCGCCCUGGCUGGGCAGUGAGGAUAUUGACUUCAUCGGGCACCAUUUGAGGAGGACCAGCCUCACUGUACUGAUCCACAGCGCUCUUCCUCUAGGUUACUUCAUGGGAAUGUGUGUUGCUGCCCCAGAAAAGGACCUUGUAUCUGUUCAGCAGAUUAGUGACGGCUGGAGAGUUUUUCUCUUUCUCUCUGUGAGCCUUCAAUUGACCAGCUGGCUGCUUGUGGUUUACUGGCGCUGCUGCAAUUGGCACAACCAUCCCAUCAGCAGGACACUUAAAGCUCAUGCACAGCUUCCUUACUCCACUUCUGGCCAGGUGGCAGCCAGCAUCAACAGAGAGUUCAGACAAAUAGACAAAGUUGUGACAGGAGUGCCUGGAGCCCGUGUUAUUGUUACAGACAGCUGGAUUCUGAAGGUGACCACAUAUCACAUUGACAUGGCCUUACAAAGCGAUUGUCAUGUGACUGUGACAGAUUCCAGGCAGCAUCAGCUAAGCCCAGAUUCACCUUCUCCCAUAGAGAUCCUGAGCUUGAGGGUGGAGAGCAUUAACCCUACAGUCAGACCAUUCAAUAUUAGUCUUAACUCAACAGAUUAUACUGAUUUGAGGGUAAAGCUCAGAGCUCCCAUCAGAACUUCUCCCAAUGUUGUGAUCCACCAAACAAUGAGUGAACUCUUUCUGGAAACCUUCAGAGCUCAGGUGGAGCUCAAUCAACGAUACACACUCCCCAGUGGGCAGGAAGUGGAACCCUGUAUCGGCUGCAUGCAAGUUCCAGCAAGUACCAAGUUGGUUAGACUCUGCCAGACAACGGGAAUAGACAAUGAAUCAGAGUGCCAGCAGUGUUUCUGCAGACCCAUGUGGUGCCUCUUUUGUUUGGGUCGAUGGUUUGCCAGUCGCCAGGACCAACAAAGACCUCAGACUUGGUUAUCCAGCAAGGUUCCUUGCCCUACAUGCAGAGCCAAAUUCUGCAUACUAGAUGUUUGUAUGGUCCACUGACCCACAAUAUUAAAAUGACAUAUUCUCAGAUAAACCUACAUCUGUGUCAAGCAAAGAAGCCAUAUAGCAGCACUGAACGAAACACUGCCUUCAUUAUGUGGCCUUACUCAUGAACUACAAAUGUAUUCUACUGUGUCAAAUGAUCUACAACACUCAGAUCACAUACCCUACAAAAUAAGAACCAUCAUAACAUAUUUUUCACAUCAGGUAAUUGCUGUUUUGUAUUAUAGGUUUUAUAUGGCUUGUUUAUAACCUGUCAUAUAUAUACAGUAUAUAUGUACACACACACACACAAUUGGGUUCAAAAUAAAAGCAGUCCCACCUCAUUAGCAAGAUAAAUCACUGUUUUUGUUUAAAUUACAAUUCCUACACUACAAGUAAGUCUAUAGGUCUGUAGGAGGUUUAGUAAAGGUAUAGAAAACCAACAGACUCAACAGGCAUGAUACGCAAGGUGCUGAUUCUGUGAAACUGAAUCAUGUACUGAAAGGGGUGUGUUCAAAAAGUAGCAGUGCUGAGUUCAAUUAGUGAGGUCAUUGAUUUUGUGAAACAAAAAAAAACAUGUGUUAAACAGGUGACCCUUACCACCAGCUGCAUAAGCUGGAUGUGCAUGUUCUUGAAAAACAGAGUAACAUGGGUCUUUCAAGACAUUGUUCAGAAAAAGAGCAUUCUUUGAUCAAAAAUUUAGAAAAGAGGGGAAAACCUAUAAAGUGUAGAAAAUGAUAGGCUAUUCAGCUAAAGUGGUAUCAAAUGCUUUAAAAUGGCAGCAAAAACCACAAAGUUGAGGAAGAAAAAAAAACUAUUGAAAUGGAUUGGAGAAUAACCAAAAUGGCAAAGACCAAUGAUCAGCUCCAGCAGGAUCAAAGAAGAUUUCCGAUUGCCUGAGUGUACUGCAACAAUUAGACGAUGUUUCUGUGAAGCAACAAUAACAGCAAGAAGCCCCACAAAGUCCCAUUGUUAAAAAAAUACAUGUACUGAAGUGGCUACAAUUUGCCAAAGAACAUAUUCACUGGCCUAAAAAGAAACAUACAUCAGUCGAAAUAUUUUGUCGACUGAUGAAAGUAAAACUGUUCUUCUUAGAUCUAUGGGCCAGUUUUGCAGACGUCCUGCAAACUCUGAAUUCAAGCCACGGUACACAGUGGCUUGGUGGUUCAAGCAUUAUGAUAUGAGGAUAUUUCUCAUACUGUGGUGUUGGUCCUAUUUGUCGCAUAACAGAUCAUGGAUCAGUUUGAGUACAUCAGAAUACUGGAAUAAGUCAUAAUGCCGUAUGUUGAAGAGGAAACGCCCUUGAGUAAGAUGUAAGAUGAGUAAGAUGUUGCAACAAAUACACCAGGAAGCGAGCAAAAUCAUGUCUCCAGACAAACAGAUUUUAAGUAAAUGAGUGGCCAGCACAAUCCCCGGACCUUAAUGCCAUGGAAAAAUGCUGUUCAUGAGGCAAAACCAAGAGAUACCAAAAGGUAUUGUGGAACAUAGUACAGUUGUCCAGGGCUGCAAUACCUGUUGACCAGUGCCAGAAGCUGGUUGACUUCAUGUACUGUGGAUGUGAAGCAGUUAUCAGAAACCAUGGUUAUGCAACUAAAUAUUAGUUUAUGAUUCUCAGGAAAGAUGACUCUUUCCAGCGUUUCUGUUUAUAAAGUUUCUUUUUGAAUUUGUAAAGAAGAAUGUAAACACUGCUAUUUUUUGAACAUUGUAUUUCUUGACUUUCUAUAAAAUAUGGCAAUUACUUUUUCCUCUUUUUUGCUGUGACAAAGCCUUUGUGUUCAUUAUAAACAAUUUGAAGAAU